AAACGUGAGUUCGAGGCGUGUGAACGUGAUUUUAGGCUUUUCGCUGACUCUCCUCGAUUUCCUCAAUUUCCCAGAUUUCGGCGCAGUGGGAAAAGCCACCUCCCGGCCCAGAGAAAAACAGAAGCGGGACCCCAGAGGUCGCGGAAACUGCAUACGAUUUGCAGUUGUGUGGAAAUAUGGACUUUACCACUAAUUUUCAUAGCCCUGCGUGUGUGUGUGAGCGUGCGAGUGUGAAAUCUGCGUGAAACAUUGCCAAAUCCUUCGACAGAUUUCUAUUUGCACCUAUUUUGCAUUCGGCAAUCGGCAUAUUGCCAUUUGCCAUUUGCCAACGACGCGAGUGUCAAUCGAGUGAAAGUAAACAAUGGUCGGCACCCAAAUGGAUAGGCGAUCGCGGAUCACUAGACUAAUAACGACCGAUGUGUUGUGUUGUCUGCUAAUGACCUUGUCGGUGGCUCUGCCUCUGGCCUCCGCGGGAUUCGGCUUCGACUCGGCCAACUCGUGCAGUCCCAACGGGAAGAUGUCGCGUCGUGGUCGAGCCCAGAUGCUGGCGGCGAUUCCCUGUGACCUGGGCCAGCAGGCCUUCUGCCACCUGCCCGGAUCCGCAUAUCCGUGGCACGCGGUCCGGCGUUUCGUCCACGAGAACCAGGGCCUGAUGAAGCGCAUGUACGGCGAUGUGCGGCACAUUUCCAUACUGCGCGACGAGAUCCAGAACAACGAGGUGGAUGCGGACGACAUCGAGGAGGCGGCGGAGCGGUACAGCAAGGAUGGUGGCCGCCGGAGUGCCAAGUAUCUCAUGAACGGCAGGGACCGCGAUCGCGAUGAUUUCGGGAACUUCAAGGGUAAUGACGUCCUAAUGGAACCCCAUUUCCGGCCGGUUUCUACGAGCACCACGAGUACAAGUACGACAACGACCACAGCUGCUCCGGAAGUAAUUAGUAGCACUACAAAUGGAACUCCCAGUGAGGCAUCUAGCUCGACUCCUGGAAACUCAACGAGUACGAGUACUACUCCCGCUCCAAUCUCUUCCGAACCAACUGAAAUACAAGCGGACAUUGUGGAGAUCCAACCAAGUCCAGAGUCGAACAGCGUCUACGAAGUGGUAGCUCCUUCACCCGCCACCUCCACUGGAAAACCUUCACCAGCCGAUGGCGAAAACAUACAGAUCAUCGACUCUCCCCAGCUGGGAUUGCGUAAUCUCAGUGGAGAGGCUAGUAAACCUUCCCAGGAACCACCCACUGCCACCCAAACAACAGCGAAGCCCACAAGCUCAACUGCCUCGCCCAGCAGGAGAAGGAAGCCGGCAGAGACCACCACCAUCAGCACCACCACCACAGCAGCCCCUCCAAAGACCUCGAGCACCAUGUCGCCUCCAAGCACAACAACCACAGCCACCCUGCUGACCCGUCGCAAUGCCACCAAGUACUCACCCGCAUCCCCAUCCGUGACCACGCCCGUCAGCUUCGCCUCGCUCUUCUCCGGCACCUCCAGCGGGCUCUUCAGUCCGGAGAAGCUGCGCAGGCCCUUGACCACCAGCAGCACAAGUGCUCCAGUGGCAGCUCCAUUGGGAGGAGGAGCCACUGGAAGCGCCACCAAGUCGGGACUGCUGAGGGAGGGUCAACUCUUCCAGGAUGCCAUGAAACAGGAGCCCGUGGCAGUGGCCAGCAACUUGCGAGGAGUAAAUGCCUGUCCCGUGAAGGAUGAAGUGGUGGCCCCCUUCUGGGCGAACAACACCCGUGGCGAGGUUUUAGCCCUCCUCAAUCUGUAUCCCUUCGAGCAGUACGUCCACUGGGAGAAGUGCACCCACGAGUUCAAGCAGAUGUUCUGCCGGGAUGGCUGUAGGUGCGAGCAGCAGUACCGGCUGCACAGAUUGCUGGCCUACGAUCCGCACAACGAGUGCCGGGGCAUCUUCUCCGACUGGUUCCGCUUUCCGUCCAGCUGCAUCUGCAAGUGCUACAACAUCCCCAUGGAGUUCCGUGCCACCUCGCGCAGUCCGAGAUCCGACAGCAGGUUCGAUGCCCCGCAAACCGAUCCCAUCGAGGCUGCCGAGGCGGAGGUCCAAAGGGCCAUCUACGAACAUGCCACGGAUGAGUGGUACCGCCCACGCGACGAGUUUGACUUCUUGGAGGGGUAAUCCAUUCGCAUCACCCUCUUGAGAUCCAUUGUACAGUAGUCUUAGAUUU